CUGGUGCCAGGUCAAACGAAAAUUUUCAUCAACUAUAAUUGCAGAAAUUCACCGUCAGAUAUUCGAGCAUCGUUGCGUGCUGCUCGCAGUGCAUCGUUAAUUUCGUUUGUUACAAAAAGUGUGGAGGAAUUUCGCAAUGGCGUCCUACGCAGCUGGCGUCACUGUGCGCCGAAUAUGCAUGAACAGUCCGUGCGGAACUGCAGGAGUGCUGAACGGCAUUCUACUGCAACGGCUAUUGCAACGGAACUUGUCAGGCGUCGUGGUCUGACCAGCUUUCUUGCCACUGACCAAUGUCCAUCCACGGUAAUGGAUGAAUGCGUUGACGAUGGCGUGAGCUUGUCAUCUGAUAGUUACCGUUUCUUUGGUUUCUACGAGGACGAGCAGACAGCAGAGGAAGAAGCUCUUCCAAAGCGAGUACUGAAAAAACGGACAAUGAUACAUGGGUCUGGCGCUGCGCAGGAGAAUAUGCCACGCGUAACCUUCGACACCAACGGAAUGGAAAGGAAGGUGAAGGAAGCUGAAGAAGACAAGAGCGAUGAAUUGCGCUCCCUUUCAUCGGCUGGAUGGUCGGAUGAAGGUGGAAGUGGGAGCAGCGCCAGCAGUAGUUCCCUGCAUAAGGACCGCAGCCGAUAUGAUAACGUUGCACCAGGUGUGUGCUUCCUACCCGUGUUGGCAUCCCAGGAUUCAGCAUCUCAUUUGCAAUUGCUGUGUCGCAAACGACCGAAAAUGAAUCCUGGAAAGCUAGCGUUCCUUUCUCAGCAUUCUCUUAGACCAAUCCUGUUUUCACAACGUAGCGACAUUUCUCUCCAUGAAAGUAGCGUAAAAAAAGGCAGUUUCGUUUCCUCGCCGUUUGCAAGCGUUUCGGACAUUUGUUCCAGAAAUUUCUAUGUGUGAGC